AUGGCGGCAGCAGCAAGUGCAGCUGCCGAAAGCGACGGAAGCCUCAGGAAUGAGGAGAGCUUCACAGAGCCCGAAGAGGGAUGGUUGGGACGUCUUGGCGUGCCAGUGGCCAUGGUAGGGGACCCGUGCGAGGAGGUGAUGCUGCUGUGGGGCUUGCGCAACCCCUUCACUGCGCGCAUGGGCUGCUUCGUGGAUCAAGGCGCCACCAGCGUGCGCAUCGAGGCGUGCGGUCAAGUCCUCGACAUCUUCCAGUCGCCCUCCUGCCUCGCAGGCGUGACAGGGUCGGUGCUGUGGGACAGCGGCGUGGUGCUGGCGAAGGCGCUGGAGCACCUGGCGGACUCGGCGCGCUUACCCAUUCGCGGCGCUAGCAUAGUGGCGGCGCUGCUAGGAGCGUCCCACGUGCACAUCACAGACCAGUAUGACCGCCUGCGCCUGCUGCACCGCUCCUCGGCCCGCCAUGCAUCCGGCAAAAAGGCAUCAGUUAGCAGUGCGAGCGGCGCUGGUAGCGGCAGUGGUGGUGGCGGUGGUGGCAGUGGUGGUGGGGGGAAGCGUAGAGGAGGAGCGGGGAAGGCAGGCGCGGCAGCAGCAGGAACAGCGGGGCAAAGAGCUUCUGUUGCUGAUGGGGGAAUGGGAGGAGGGGGGGAGAGUGGGGCGUGGCCUGAAGUGGUGGAGAUCUGUCAUGGGAGGAAGGGCGAGGAGACGAGGGUGAGAGUGAGGGUGUUUGAGCUGGAGUGGGGGGAGGACAUGGCGCUGCCAGGAUUCGACGGUGAGGAGGAUGAGAAUGGUACCGAUGGGAGCGGUGAGGAUGAGGCGGAUGAUGAGGAGGAGGAUGAGGAAGAGGAUGCGGGUGAGGAGGAGGGUGGGGGCGGCCGGGGAAGGGAGUGGGGGGGGCAAGAGGGGAGAGGGGCGCGGAGGGGGUAUGACUAUGUGGUGGCAUCGGAUGUGGUGUUCAGUGAGGAGGGCCUGGAGGUGCUGAUGCAGGCGCUGGGGCAGCUCGUGCGCCCGCACACCACUGUGCUCAUUGCAGGCGAGCUCAGGAAUGACGAGGUGUUGCAGCUGUUUCUGGAGCGCGCACAGGCGCGCUUCACAGUGGGCAGGCUGGUCGACAGGCACCUGCACCCGGACUUCAUCACCCGCAGGGUCGUUGUCUACUGCCUCGCUCGCAAGCGCCGGCGGCACGGCAUAGCAGGCGAGGCCCGCUGA